AUGGAGCGGAAUGACAUUGUUGCUGCUCGAGUAAAAUUUUUAAGAAAAAUGCAUGAGUUUCGACGUAACAACGAUUCAAGGCCAGUUGUUUACUUGGAUGAGACGUGGGUAAACCAAAACCACACACGUGGGUACAUUUGGCAAAACUCAGACAAUACCGAAAGACUCAAGGUACCCAUAGGGAAGGGCGGUAGGCUCAUUGUGUGCCAUGCCGGGUCACCGUCAUUUGGUUUUGUAAAAAAUUCCAAAUUGGUAUUUCGGUGCAAAUCUGGUAGUUCGGCAGACUACCACUCGCAGAUGAACGCCACAGUGUUUGAACAAUGGUUCGUCGAUAUGUUAGGUAAUUUGGAGAAGCCAUGUAUUUUAGUCAUGGACAAUGCCCCAUAUCAUUCAACGUUAUACGAAGACUACCCGAAGAGCAACACUAAAAAGAUAGAUGUUCAAACAUGGCUCCAAAACAAAUCUAUACCAUUUAUUCCCGAAGAAACAUUGUGUGAAUUACGAGAAAAGGUAAAACUGUCGAUGCCAAAAGAAAAAAAAUAUAAAUUAGACGAGAUAGCUUUUCAAAUGGGUCAUGAAGUGGUGAGACUGCCACUAUAUCACUGCCAAUACAACCCCAUCGAGAUGAUUUGGGUACAAAUUACGGGAGAAGUCGCCGAAAAAAAUCAUUCUUUUAAAAUGGCAGAUGUUGAAGUAUUGGUCAAUAAUGCCUUAGAUGAGGUGACAAAAGAAAAUUGGACAAAAUGCGGUGACCAUUGUGACAAAAUUCAAGACGAUGAUCUGGUAAAGGAAGGGUUAAGGGACGAAAUUUUGGAGCCUAUCAUUCUUACCAUAAAUCCCGACGACAGCUCAAGUGACGAUGACGAUGAUGACGACGAUAACUUCUAA